AUGGUAGGAAAAUGUGAGUUUUCUUAAUUGAAAAAAAGAGAAAAAUUCAAUUUUUUCAGUGGAUUUUGUGAAAAAUUCGGCGAGAAUCGCGAUUUCGACAAUUUUCGUGCAUUUUUUCUCGAAAUUCCUAUUCUCACCACAAAGAUUGACUGAAUGUUUACACUUAUUUUCCGCUUGGCCACUUUUACAAGUUCCUGGGCAAGCUGCUAAGGAUUUAGCGAAAUUGCAGAAAAUGACGAGAUUUUGGCCACCACAUCAGGAGACUUUUUAUGAAUUUUCGUUGGCUUAUACGAUUUCGCUGAUUUUAUUGUUAAAGUGAGUUGAACUUAUGAUUUUUGGCUUGAAAUAAAAAGUUUAAGUUAGUUUUGGUUAAAACAGACACUUUUCUUGGGACCCAAAAUUUGGGUGAAACAGUCAUCUUUCGUCAAAAAAAACCCCUAGGAAACCCUUAAAACUAUAAUAACAUCUCAGAAUUUGGGUUAGCCUAAGCCUAAAACAUUAUCUUUGUUAAUCCUAAGCCUAAACAAGCACAAAAAACGAAAAAUGAAAAAAAAUUUGAGGACACGUCAAGCCGUCCAACACUGACGCGUUUUUUGUAGACGCCGCGCCAAUUCAAAAAAUAAUUUUUCUCGAUUUUCAGCGCAAUUUCAAUUGAAACCGUCUAUCAAUCAUUAUUCUCAACAUCGCAAAAAUUGGGAAAUUUCACAAAAUUUGUUUUUCAACCAUUCUACGCGUCGAUUAUCGUUUUCAUUUUUCUUCUCCCAAUGCAACGCUUGGCUGAAAUGCACAUUUUGGUGUUAAUUCUAAAUUUUGCGCAUAUUUUGACAACUUCGUAUGCCGUGUAUUUUGUGUGGAAUGCUUGGAGGAAGGAGGAUUUGGGAGAAGAAGUGAAAGAGAAAACGGAGUGA